UUGAGUGAUUUUGAUAAUCACGCGGUGUACGCAUGCGCGGUUCGUUUAAUCAGCUGGUUUUUAAUUUAUUUUUUUUUAAAUAAAAAUAUUAUUUUCUACAAACAAACGUGUCCCUAUUAGCUUCGAAUAGUGCAAUAUUGUAAUUCUAUUAAGUGAACUUGCGGUGCGACGCACUGUGUUUGCCCUUGAAUUUGAACUUCUAACCUUGUUGUGUAAUUGUUGAAAAGUCAUCGAGUUGUAUUUUUAUUGUAAUGGUGUAAGAGGCAAAGGAAAACAAAAAUGAUCAAAACAUCAAGAAGUAAUCCUAUAAAAUUAUUUAAUUUAUGGAGGAGUAUUAAUUUAAUUAAUAAAAGACAUAAAUGCUUAUGCGUGAACAGUAUUAUCACUAAGAAAUAUUUGAAUACAUUGAAAGAAUAUGAAAACCAAAGAUUUUUUAAACAUAUUAGAGUGCAUUCAACAAGCAGUGAUUCUCAUAGACAAAAAGUUGUCAUAGAGACAACAACUCCUAAGAUAGUUAUAAACAAAGUGUUGCCAGAUAAAGAAAUUAUAGACAAAAAGGUAGAUUUUAGAAGUAUUAUCGAUCCUUAUGUAAAAUUAGCCAGAUGGGAUAGGCCUAUAGGUGUAUACCUCCUCUUUUGGCCCUGCUCCUGGUCGAUAGCGUUGGCCUCCAUCCCUGGCAAUGUACCAUUACAGACCACCUUGCAGACCGCCGGUCUGUUCCUCCUUGGUGCUGGCCUCAUGAGAGGAGCUGGUUGUACCAUAAACGAUCUCUGGGACAGAGAUGUGGAUGCUCAGGUGGAAAGGACCAAAGAUAGACCUCUAGUUUCGGGGGCUGUGAGUAGCAAGCAAGCAGUCGCGUUCUUAGCCGCUCAGCUCAGUCUGGCACUGGGUGUUUUGUUGCAGCUAAACUGCUACAGUGUUGUAUUAGGGGCGAGCAGUAUGCUUCUAGUAGUGACGUACCCACUAGCGAAGCGGUUCACCAACUACCCGCAAAUAUUUCUCGGCGCGACGUUCAACUGGGGUGCGCUGUUGGGGUACUCUGCGGUCCAGGGUACCCUGGUGCCCGAGAUCUGCCUGCCGCUGUACUGCGGCGCACUCGCUUGGACAGUGGUCUACGACACCAUAUACGCUCACCAGGAUAAAUUUGAUGACGCCCGAAUAGGCAUGAAGUCGACAGCACUAACCUUCGGUGCUCACACGAAGCCAGCUUUGUUCGCCUCGCUGACCGCCAGUGUGGCGUGCCUAGCAUACGCCGGGACGGCUGCGCAACUGGGACCCUUGUACUACGCCGCGCUGGUGGCAUAUGGUGCUCAUGCAGGUAGACAGAUAUACACUUUGGACCCAGAUAAUCCCACCGAUUGCGCCAACAAGUUUAAAUCCAACUCAUUGGUUGGGCUUAUAAUUUUACUGGGGAUUUUAGGAGGUGGUUACACCCAAUACAAGAGCAACAGAGAGAAGUAUAGAGGUAAAGAAGAUUUGACUGUAGCAAAAAGCUGUGUCUUUAGUUGAAUCUAUUGUGAUGUUGAGUUUCUUAGUGGUUUAUGCCGUGGUAAAGGAGGUAUGGCUUGUUUUAAUAUACAUAGACUUUUUUAAUUAUGAUAUAGGAAUGGUAACCCCGCCUGCGCUAUCGGUAUACGCUGGCGGUGCACCAGUGACGGAUGAUAGGUGAGGACAAAAGCAGGUCUUUUUUUAAUGGGUGAUAAUGGAAGGGUAACCCCACCAGUGCUACCGGUAUAAAUCGGCGGGGCACCAGUGAAGGAUGAUAGGUGAGGAUGAAGCAGGUCAGUUAGGCGAUAGUGACGAUAUCAACAAGAAUUGUUCACGAUGGUUUCCAGGAGGAAUCACGUGGAAGUCCACCUGAUAGGGCCUAAUAUUGUAUAUAUUGCUAGCAAUGGGGUUGUCAAACUCCAUUACUAACAAUCCCUUCCCCCCAGAUACAGGGAUUGGCGCGAUAUUUGUUGUAUUAUUAAACUUUGAUUUUCAUUAGCCGACUAUAAGAUUCUCCGCUGAUGUCCAAUCAAACAACAAUCAGUUGAUUUUCUUUUUUUUUAUACCACUGAGGUGGCAAACAAGCAUACGACCCACCUGAUGGUAAGUGGUUACCGUAGCCUAUGAACGCCUGCAAUACCAGAGGUAUUACGCGUGCGUUGCCGACCCUGAAGAAACCUCUUUACCCCCCUUUUGAAGAACCCCAUGCUGUAGUCACUUGGGCAAACCUCGGCAGGGAGCUCAUUCCACAACCUGAGUGUUCGUGGGAGAAAACAUCUCUGAAACCGCGCAGUACGCGACCAUUGAGGCUGUAGGACAUGAGGAUGAACUCCCUGUCGAUGGCGAGCCGUACGAUGGUAGAAAGUGGCUGUGGGCAUCAUAUUGAACAAUUCCUCUGAGCAUAAUCCGUUGUACAGGCGGUAGAACACGCAGAGUGAGGCAAAAUCUCUCCUUUUGAGGUUUUACUAAUUCAGAAAGCGUUCCCGUGAUGAUUUCAACAAAAUUUGGUUACAUUUAUAUUAAACUAUAUUGAAACAGACUACCUGCAUUGUUCUGUCAAGUUUAUUAAUUUAUAUAUUAUUAUUAUUUGUUUUUAUGCAACUUAGAAUGGCAAACAAGCUGACGGCAAGUGGUAACAGUCGCCUAUAGACAUGAGCAGUACCAUGGACAUAACAGGGUAUACUGUUCCGUCCAUGAUACCCCCCAUGCGUUGCCAUUCCUGAGGACUCAGGUGGUAUUCCUCUGUACCCUGUAAAUUCACUACGAUAUCCAAUCCUUCAAACCGAAACACAGCCAUGCAAACACAACUGCUUCACGGUUGAAACACGAAUGGGACAGGGGUACUCAAGCAAAUGACUUUUGUACAAAGUCUCCAUCUGGUAAAUGUAAACUUUAGAUUUACCAAAACUAUCCUAGUGUUGCAUUGAUGAAGCAUUAGACAAUUGGCUAUAAUUUUAAGAUGUGUUUGGUUUUAAGAGGUCUGUGGGGUUACGUUUUAUCUAGAUUUAUUCUAAUUGCCGUGUAUAUUUUGGAUGUACAGCGGUAAUAUUAUUGUAAAAUGUUGAUUUUAUUAAAAAAAAAUAUACAAACUUGUGUCAAGUUUGUAUAGUGUAGGAAAUUACAUUUUUGUAUGGAAAUUUGGAAUUUAAAUAUUUAUUAUAAUUUAUUUGUUGUAUGGUGUAAUGGACUUCAUAGAUGGUCAUGCGUCUUGAAUCAAUAUUAAGAGGUGCUCUUUAUUGUUCCUUCCAAAAAAAUAUAGUAGUAAACUAAUUAAAAACGAAAAGUAUAAACAAAAUACUAGGGAUAUUAAUGAAGUUUUAAUCGCAAUAAAAAAGAUCUCCUUGGAACAAUUUUUUUCCAAACAAUAAAUGCAGAACAGAGACGGAAAUGCUCUAUCUUCCUUGUCAUACAACCUGCAAUAGAUAUGUGCUUGAUUUAACCUGCUUGAUCGUCUAAGGACUCCUUAUUAAUGUUAAGAUAUAUUCAUAUUUAUUAAUUUUCAAAGCGGAAAUAGUAUCAAUAAGAUCAAAAAAGAAUAGUAUUGAAUUUUCUGGAAUUCUAUGUCUUUGACAUUUCUAUUCCUAAUUUGAUUGUAUUAUGACCGUUUAUAUGCAUUUAAUUUUUCGUUUAAUAAAUACAAAAUAUUGUUUUAUAAAAUGUUAUUUAUUAUAUCAUAAUAAUAAUAUUUAAAAUUGUGUUAAAAUUGUCAGACAUUUGGUAAAUACAAUGACUGUUCCUUUAAACAAGUGUCAAAUAAAUUGCGAUAAUAUGAGAGAAAAGUUAUGAACUGAUUUGGAAAAUUCUAUUUUUAUAUGAAAGCAUAUACUUACGGAUUAAUCUAUUAGAAAUUUAAAAAAAAUCCCUUCAGUAGUUUAAUUUAAUUGGUUUUGCCAGAAUUGAAGUUGAAUCUUUUGUGAACCACAAUGUUAAAUUAUUGUUUUUUACGCUUGCAAAUAGAUUAGUUUGCUACUUGUUUACGGGAGCUAGUUCGACUGUAUAAUUAUGACACGUUUGUCUUCAUAGUAUAAGCGUUAGACCAAAAAAAAAAAAGAAUGAAACAAGAUGGCGAUGUUUCCCGCCAAUUUAGUACUAGUGCUGUGAACCCUGUGCGUUGUCAACUAAAUUUCGAAUAUGUAAUUAUAGAUUUAUUAGUUUUUUUUUUUUUUUGUAUUAUUAUAAUAUUGUUGUUCCUAGAAUUUUGUAUUUUAUUAUAAAUAAUUGAAAAUAUAAUGUACAUAGGCAGUGUGAGUUAGAGAAUUCAAAAUUGGGGUUAUAAUUUUUUAAAUGUAGAUAUCAGGGACUGACGCAAAAAUCCAAUGUAUACGGCUGCUGUAGUGCAAAUCAAUCUUAACAACAAUAAUAAAUAUUUACAUGCAUAAUAAUUAUUGUAAAUUUUUUUUUUCGUUUUUUAUUAUUUUCAAUCAAACACCAGAUUGAAUUGAUCUUAACUGAACCCAAUUUUUUUACAAAAUCUUGCCAAAAUCAUUAAAAAAAUUCCUAACCAGUAAUAAAAUGCGAAGUUGUAUAAAUUUUGUGGUACAACACCGUGUGCGUAACCUAAGCUUGAGAGUUGUCAACUUGUCAUACAAAAUCAGUUUUGUAUGAGUAUGUAUGGUUGAUGUAUUGUUAACACGUGUACGUCUAGUCAAUUGUAUGUAAUAUGGUUUCGAUUAAAUAAAUUGAUGAAUACA